AUGGAACGUCUAUCAAGGAAGUUGCAUGCUGAAGCGGACCGAGACUUUCUUCUCGGCAGUAAGCUUUACCAGUGUCUGGCAGGUUGGAGGGACGCAUACCACAUGCUCACAGAGCUUGACAGGGCAGACGGUGAAGUCUACCAAGCUGUGAGAAAGGCAGCGUUACUACUGGAGCGCACUCAACAACCGCGACCUGGUGGGAAACAGAUCCCGAGGAAGGGUAGUCGGAGUCCCAACCAGAAGGAGCAAGCGGAGCGUGCGGGUGCACACAGUAGGGGCGGUAGGACCAAGUGUUAUGGCUGUGGUGAAGAGGGACAUGUUGUGAAAAAAUGUCCAAAGCAGGCUGCGAAGGACGUGAAGCAGCGCAAACAGCCAGGACCAGGUCAGGCGCCCAGCAAAGUGAAAGAUGGAGCGUUUUCAACCUUUGUCAAGUAG